AUGGAAACAAAAUCAUGGGAUCGUGAUCGAGAAAGGGCUCAGGCACGGAGCGGUGCCAAAGGCAAGGGUAAAGAUGACGGCUUGACGCCUGAACAGCGCCGCGAAAGGGAUGCAAAGGCACUUCAAGAAAAAACAGCAAAGAAGGCAGCACAGGCAGCAGGGGGUAAUGAUGCUGGAGGUAAAAGCACAAGCAACAAGAAAUAA